AUGUACAUAUCAUACGAGACGUUGAUAGCCGAUCAAGGCCUAAUCCCACCUCCUUUCUUCAUUGCGGUAUACAUCCCCAUUGAACACUUGUCGACGCUGGCCGCUGCCUUGCACUCCCUUGUCGUCACAUCUUACCAUUCGUUUAACACCCGCCUCGCACAUCAACCGACACCCACACUAUUCGGUAUGAUCAUUUUAAACUCGGAAAGGGAAGAUUUUAUCCCGACGCCCGCGGGUGUCAUGUCCUCGACCGCGAGCGGAUCUAUGAGCAGCUCAGCGCCGAUAGACGCCAACGAUACCUCGCUCUCGGCCUUAAGCACCUUCAUCCUCAAGAUCUACGCGUUCGGAGGCUUGGGACUUAUGGUGUGCGUGGGGUUAUCGGCGAUUGGGCUGUGGGUAUGGACUGUCGUUAUCAAGCGAGAAUUCGCCGACUCUCCGCCGGAGCUCGAGCUGCAUCCCGAGCGGAUGCGCGAAAAAGAGAAGGCGCGCAUCGCCCGUCUCAAAAAGCAGAAAGAGGAGAGAAAGGCGAAGAGGAGGGCGAGAGACGAAAUAUUCACAUUGCCUCCUAUACGACAAGAGCAGAAGAAAACUCGCUCUUCGUCUCUUUCUCCAAACUACAGCGCAAUAACAACCGCUUCGUCUCACCCACCCAUCGUCCGCAAGUCCAGUUUUUCCACUAGUCCCUCCAAAGGCAAGCGCGUGAGCUGGGCCUCAUCGACCUCGACCGUGGAUGGAAAUGGGAAUGCCUCCGAGAAGCCCCUCGAAGACAAGACAUCGCCUGCUGGGCCCAUCAAAUCUCCGUUCCAGUCGGAAUACUCCCUCUUACAGUCCGUCCCAAAAGCACGCACGUCCACCCCGCGCUCCUCCGUCUCCAUCGAAGAACGCUCGCGCCGCGGACAGGAGAUGGUAGCGGCGACGACUCCGGAGGUCGCGUUAGGUUGGGCAGCACCGAAUGAGAACACACCCUGCUCUGACAAUGUGGACCCCUUGGACACUUCUCGACCCUGGAUAGUUUCCCAGGACCAUAGCUACAGGGAUUAG